AUGUUACUUACGGAGCCAAUGACAGAUGUAGAGAGCUCCUUACUAGGCAGUCUCCCUCCUCUUGGAGCCAUGGUCGGAACUGCUCUAACUGGUGUUGUGAUUGGAAAAUUUGGAAGACAAAAGGGCGGGAUGCUGCUAGCUCUUCCGUUUGUGGUAUCAUGGGCAAUGAUUGAUCUCUCUUCUACAUCAACGAUGAUCUUAAUAGGAAGGUUCAUUGGAGGAUUAGGUUGCGGCGCUGCCUUCGUCUACGGACCUAUGUUUAUUUCGGAAAUCGCUGAGGAAUCUGUAAGAGGAACACUGGCAUCUGCUCCAAUUGCAUUUAAUUGUAUAGGCAUUCAAAUGUCCUAUAUACUGGGUUGGUAUCUGACCUACCGAUACAUCUUGUGGGUGAACCUGGCCUGCAGCGUACUGGGAGUGGCGCUUUUGAUGACGGUAACUGAAAGCCCCGUUUACCUUUUGAGACAAAAAAGAGAAGAGGAUGCUAGACUAGCUAUAGCUCAUUAUAGAGGAGAGUCACCAGCAUCCAAAGUAGUUUUAGAAGAGUUGUCGCAGCUUAAACAACAGAUAACGCCGGUCUUUGAAUUAAUAGCAAUGAAUAUUGGUAAGGAGGAAUAA